GCCAGCUGGCAGGCAUGGAAAAUUAGUGCCAUAUCUGUUGGCUGGAUACAACGUUGUCCUCGCUUAUUAGUUCUAUACAACCAAGUGAAAUUUGGAUAAUGGGAUAAACCAGAAGUUGCGUCUUACAAGAGCAGUCUGCCACUGCAACUCCACUUUAUGUACUAACCGCUGCGACUCACGAGCGUGGUGAAACUCCUCGUGUUUGCCACCUUUACUGCUCCUUUUAUUUCCAUCCACGUCCACCCGACAAGCCUGAGCUUCCAUUCUUUUCAUUCAUUCAUUCUUUUCACAGUUGGCGCCGGUCGCCUUCCCAAGUUAUGUUAUCCGCCAUCAGUACAUCCAUUCCUCACAUACGUAUUUCGCCUGCUUCGCCAGUCAAAGCAUAUCGAGAGCCCUACUCUCCGUUUCUCUCGGCAGGCAACCCAGACAAGGAUGAUAGCGGGUACCGCCCACAAUCGUUGAGCCCCCAAUAUCACUUUCCUGCCAUAUCUCCCAGGCAUUCGUCUCCUCUUCGUCCUGCAGACUGUCCUCCAAGAGAGUUUCCUCGUGAUCAGUUUGAUCUGCUUCUCGAAGUGUCGCGUGACAAGAGAGCUGCGCUCGGUUCAAGAAAGGUCCCAGAUCUGCGCAAGGAACUUGCCAUUAAGAACCAGAGAAAUAAGCAACUCGAGCGUCGUGCAUUCUUGCUAUCAAGAAUUCAGGAACCUACGUUGCCCACUGCAGGGUCUAAAACCCCUGUUGAAACCCCUGGUGUCGAUCAUUGCCCACUCCCGUCUCUCGGCCUCGGCUCACCGUCGUUCUACUCAUCUGCCGAGCAUGAUGGUUGGAUUGGAAAAGACCUCCCCGGGUACCGCACCCGGUUUGAACAGGCGGAUUGUCGUCUACCCAUCAGCAAGCCCAAGGCAGACCUGAACUUGGGUAGACGCAAACUUCCAUCGCUGGAAGAGAUCACCGCCCGCGUCGGACCACUCCAUCCUCCCCCAUCGAUGACCAAUGAGCCUAUUUUCGCAACACCUCGUCUACCCAUGUUCUUAAGGGGCGAUAGGAACUCAUCGACUACACGGACUGUCUCGGACACGAAACCUAGUAUCAACAUCGGCAGAUUACAUAUGCCCGUUAGGCGCCGUCAGAGCAGCGACUCUCUUUCUUAUAUACGGCCAAGCGCAAUACCCAGCUCUCCUUGUUAUCCAAACAUUGAGAUAGCCAGUCCCCGUGCUUGCGGUAAUGCGAUAUGCGCGUUCACUGAGUCCAAUAUGCACGCCCUUGGCCGAGCCAACACUGCUCGUGAAAUGAUGACCACCAUCAAGCGUCGCACGUCCCCUCCUCUCCCAUGCCUUGCAAACCAUCAGCCUAGGCCAAAGAGACACAGCGCUCCCGCGGAGAUGCAACUAAGAGGACGUUCUGGCUUCGAGCAUCCAAUCCUGUCGUUGCCUGGGGCUUUCUGAACAGACAUUUUGAACUUUUUCUUGGUACUGCCGUGCAAUUAUUGCCAUGGACAGUUUAUUGGACCCACUAGUCUCCUCCUUAGUAUAGUACGCCGCCGCAUGUCUUGAUGACACAGGGUCGUGUAACCGUCCGGACACAAAUCUGUUGCUUCUUUUACUUCUUGGCCGAUUGCGAACCCGUUUGAUACACGUGUACUCCUUCGACACCACUGUCUACGCUCACA